CUCUCAGAAUCAGCAGCACUGCUAUAUAACCUGAGCAUCUACCGUGCGGCCACUCACAAUACUCCACGGGACCUGUCGCGCACCCACAGGGGCAUGAAACGCUGUUAAAGAAGACAUACUGCAAGAAAGAGAGUUCGAUCAUGACAAAAUCAUACACCGAGGAAAGCAUGAUGGCAGAGUCCAAAGGCGCUUCAAACUGGACUGAUGAAUGUCUGAACUCACAGGACGAACGUGGCAUGGAAAAUAACGGUGAGCGAGAUGCCAUGACUAAAGAGGGCGACGACGACGAUGAAGACGCGCUCAACAGACUGGAAGACGACGAAGACGAGGAGGACGAGGAGGAGGAAGAAGGGGAUGAUCAGAAGCCCAAGAGACGUGGACCCAAGAAGAAGAAAAUGACAAAAGCCCGGCUGCAAAGGUUUAAACUGAGGCGCAUGAAGGCAAACGCGCGGGAGCGGAACCGCAUGCACGGACUAAACGACGCGCUCGAGAGUUUGCGUAAAGUUGUACCGUGCUACUCGAAAACUCAGAAGCUCUCGAAAAUAGAAACCCUGAGGCUGGCUAAAAAUUACAUAUGGGCCCUUUCCGAGAUCCUGAGAUCAGGUAAAAGUCCGGAUUUGAUGUCCUUUGUGCAGGCCCUAUGCAAGGGAUUAUCGCAGCCGACCACUAAUUUGGUAGCAGGCUGUCUCCAGCUGAACCCCAGAACUUUCCUUCCAGAACAGAGCCAGGAAAUACCCUCUCAUAUGCAAACAGCAAGUGCUUCCUUCACUGCCCAUCCCUAUUCCUACCAAACCCCCGGUCUUCCCAGUCCUCCGUAUGGUACAAUGGACAGCUCCCACAUCUUUCACGUGAAGCCGCACUCUUACGGCAGCGCGCUGGAGCCGUUCUUUGAAAGCGCGCUCACAGACUGCACUAGCCCCUCGUUCGACGGACCCCUGAGCCCGCCCUUGAGCGUCAACGGGAACUUCUCUUUCAAGCAUGAGCCUUCGUCAGAGUUCGAAAAGAACUACGCCUUUACCAUGCACUACCCAGCGCCGGGUCUGGCAGGGCCGCAGGGCCAUGCCUCCCUUUACGCAGGCUCCGCGCAGCGUUGUGAGAUACCGAUGGAGAAUAUUAUGUCAUACGACGGACAUUCUCACCACGAGAGAGUCAUGAACGCUCAGCUGAAUGCUAUAUUUCACGAUUGACGAAAUCCAAUGAAACGUUCUGAAAGACUCGUUUAAUAAGCGUCCGCGCAUUCGGGUAUCACUGAUGCAAAAGUGCAAAUAUUACGCUUGAAUUUAUGUAUGUAUUUAUUGUUGUUACUGCCUUUGGGAGGGGUGGGAAUUCAUAUUCCCAUUGACUUUAUGUAUUAUACUCUAUAGCGCUUCUAUAUUAAGGUCACGGUGGGAAAUUAGUGUGACCACGUUCAGAAUGUGUUGAUUAUAUGAUCCAUGUAACAAAAUCACAAGCAAUAAUUAGGAAACUAUGCAAUUUUUAAUCUAAUAUUGGGCCAAUUGAUAAAGUAAAUAAAGAUAUAUAUUUUUUUCAACCAGCAUUUUACUACUUAUCUAUCCCAUAUCGAAUUAUUUUGUUGUGAUUUUGUACAGAAUUGUUAAUUAACUUUUAUAAGGUCGAUUAUAUACUUUAUCCCAUGCAACUCCAUUAAUGUUUUAUAAAAUACAGAGGAAUCUCUUGUUUAUACAAAACAAUAAUGAUGAUAGUAAUAAUCGAAUGAUUUAGCCAGCAGACAAGUGCUUAGAAACCUGUUAUGUUGCCUUAGCACUUCUUUACUGUAAAAUCAUGCAAGGUUGCACAGUUCUGAUCACUUCAUUUUUGCCCCCAAAUUUUCAGUUUUUAGUCUGAAGCUGCAUAAGUGUGUCAUUUAGGUGUUGUAUGGCGCGUGGCUGUCACGUGGAAUUCGUAUCUCCUGUGUUUCCUCAGUCCAUUUCUUUAAUCCUCGUGCGCUUCAGCGUUUCAUCGAUCUGACAGGUGUGCCCUUAGUAAUAUAUUACCCUAAAAACAAGAAUUAGUGACUUGUCACUUCAAAAUUAAGAGAAACGUGGAACCUGCAGCUGACCGGGUUGAGCAGGUCCAAUCCCACGGGAGUUUUUUUUUUUUUUUAGAACUGUAGAUGAAGUAUACCACAUGCUCCAUACAUAGCGCAAUAGAUAUUGCAUGUACCACGCAGUCCGGACUAAAUGCUGUUUGAAGUGUGAUGCCGGUUCAACUUGAAUAAAUUUGUACUGUACUUUUGUUUGUAAACCUGUAUAGUAUGGUGUAUUGCCACAGUGCAUUGAGGCUUUAUAUGAAACAUCUCUGAACUAUUUAUAUUUCAGAUAGUAUUGGACCUUUGGUUGCGUUUCUCCUUCAGUGUGAAUUCUUAGUGUAUGUAAUUCCUAUGGGAUUAUUGUUUUUAUUUUGAUAGCUCAUUAAGGCGCAAUUUAUCAUUUGUAGAAUAAAGUCAGUUAGUACAAUA